AUGGUGAUGCCGGUGGAGAUAGAGGAGGUCUUAUCCAUGUGGACCGACAUUCCCCUUGUGAAAAUGGAGACGCUCAGCAGCUUCGGCGACGCGAACUGCAUGGAGCAGUUGCUGGUGCACUGCGCCACGGCCAUAGAGACCAACGACGCAACCCUAGCCCAGCAGAUUCUCUGGGUCCUCAACAUCAUCGCCCCUCCCGACGGCAACUCGAGCCAACGCCUCACCAGCGCCUUCCUCCGUGCCCUCAUUGCUCGCGCCGCCAGGAGCGGCUCCUGCAAGCUCCUCACCGCCGUCGCCAACGUCAACGCUGUCGACCUCUCCACGACUAACCACAAAUUCUCCAUCAUCGAGCUCGUCGGCUACGUCAAUCUCACCUACGAGGAGCUAGGGUUGAAGAUCGUCAAUUUCGCCAAAUCCCAAAACGUGGCGAUGGAAUUCAGAGAGAUUCUGUCGAGCUCUUCCGAAGGAUUCUCGUCGCUGAUCGAGCAACUGAGGGCAAUCGGCACCGGCGCCGGCGGUGAAGCCCUAAUUAUAAACUGCCAGAUGAUGCUACACUACAUACCGGGGGAGACCCGAGCCAACGCCUCCAAUUCCCUCCGCACAAUAUUUCUGAAGGCGGUGCGGGGGCUGAAUUCGAAGGCGGUUGUGGUAGUGGACGAGGACGCCAAUUUGAUGUCGGGGAAUCUCAUGAGCCGACUGAGGGCGGCGUACAACUAUCUAGGGAUACCGUACGACACGGUGGAGACGUUCCUGCUGCCGGAGAGCCGGCAGCAGCAGUGGUACGACCAAGGGCUUAUACUUGAGGGGCCUAUGUGCACCUUAACCCCUUAA